UCCCGAUAAGCGAGGGCAUUGUUCCACCGGGGAAGAACUCAACAAUCCCAGCUAGUUUCUCCUCCUCCUUCCUUCCUUCCUUCUUUCCUCUUCAGCCUAGGGCACAAUUUUACAGCAACCUUGCUUUUCCCCUCUACAACACGCAAUUCCUCUAUAUAUACCUGCAUUUUCCCCUCACUUUCUUCCCAGUUUCUCACCCGCCAAACAACCAACCCUAGAACUCUCUUCCCCUCUCUCUUAAUUUCACUUCUAUGAAUAGUUACCUGCUCAGAGAGAUUAAAGCAACUGCAAGUGUUAGUCAAAUCCCGAAUUCACUUCAUUAACAUAAUUGCGCCCGCUUUGGUUGUGUAUUUGGGGUCUCUCUCUUGUCUAUCGGACAUACACAAGGGUACACACUUGAGAAGCAAGGAAGACCGUUUGGGAAAUUCAAGAGCGCAACAAGGAACUUAGUUCCUGAAAGUCAGCCAGCAAAGCAGGAGCUGAGGCCGAGGCUCUGAGACCUACUCAGUCUUUGCCUUUGAAAGCAUUUCUGCAAACUGCAAAAAGCCUAAACGAAGGCCUCCUGACUUGGACCGUGAUAUAUCGGAGCGCUUAAAAAAGGUCUCUUAUCUCUCUUCAGAGUACUCUCUGAAUCAUCGUCAUCAGUGCAAAGGACAUAGCAAACCCACCCUGCGCUAGCUCUAAUCACCCAUAACCCCCCCAUAUAAUUUCUUUGAAUGUUUCUCUCUCUUCCUCUAUAGAAGUGUAGGGAACAGAAGGGGAAAUAAGGUUCAAGCUCGAGAUUUUGUGUGGAAAAGGCAUGAUUGUGGUAUGGAGGAGGAUGCGAUUCAAGCACAAGCGUGUAAAUUCCCUAGAGUCGGAAAUGGCAGAAACGACUCCAGCAAGAUAGGUUCUAGAGGGAUCGAGCAUUGCCCAGACGGCGAAGACAAUGGAGGGCUGACAAGAAGAGGCGGAUUUAGCGAUGUCAGCUCGAACCGCUUCCAUAGCUGGCACCAACAUUCUUCAAGAAUCAUUAGGGUUUCUCGAGCAUCUGGAGGGAAAGACCGGCACAGCAAGGUCAUGACUUCAAAGGGUUUAAGAGACCGAAGGGUUAGGCUCUCGGUAACCACAGCAAUCCAGUUCUAUGAUCUUCAAGAUCGGCUUGGCUACGACCAACCCAGUAAAGCAGUGGAGUGGCUAAUCAAAGCAGCCGCUGGUGCCAUUUCUGAGCUCCCGUCUCUGAACACCACAUUCCCUGAUACCCCAAAGCAGCCCAGCGAUGAGAAAAGGUUUGAUACAGCUGAUGCUGAGGAAGAUGGUGAGGGUGAUUAUCAUCACACUCAAAGUCAGAACCUUUCUUUGUCUAAGUCUGCCUGUAGCAGCACUUCCGAGACAAGCAAAGGUUCUGGCUUGUCCCUCUCAAGGUCUGAGAUUCGAGUAAACCGAGUGAAGGCCCGAGAGAGGGCAAGAGAGAGAGCGGCAAAAGAGAAGGAGAAAGAGAACACUGCCCAUCCCCACAAUGUGAAUAACUCCAUUUCUCAAACUGCUUCUUUCACUGAGCUUCUCACCACGGGGAUCAGUAGUACUGUUCCUUCCACUACUAGUCCCAACGGUGAUGACCACGAGCCUAAUUUGUUCAACAAGGCAGCGAGACAGCAAUGGUGUACAGCACCCACGGACUACUUUAGCUCAGGCCUUGCGGGGAAUCCCUCUAUGAGAACGCAUAAUCAAUCUUCAGGGUUCUCAGGGCAAUUCCAAUUGGGAAACUCUUCACUCCCACUUCAGGCACUGUCUGUUUCGCCUUUCAACGUGGGGAGUGAAAAUCACCCGGAUCAGCUGCAGCAUUUCUCAUUCAUUCCUGACCAUCUCAUACCCAGCGGAAGCAGCGAUUACAACCUUAACUUCACCAUCUCUUCUUCUCCAGGCCUUGCUGGUUUCAACAGGGGGACCCUUCAGUCCAAUUCACCAUCUGUUUUGCCUCACCCUCUUCAGAGGUUUUCUUCUUCUCCUUUAGACGGAUCCAGUCUACCUUUCUUCAUAGGAGCUGCCGCUGCUGCGCCAACAAUGGAGAAUCACCAGCAUAUGUUCUCGCCUGGAUUUGAUGGCCGCUUGCAACUAUGCUAUGGCGAUUUAACCCGCCAUUCUGACCACAAGGGCAAAGGCAAGAACUGAUUACUACCUGCGACCCGCCACAUUUCCCUUGCUACAUCGUCCUGGACACCAAGAGAUAAGUGCUAGUAGCAAGAAGUUGUGUCUGUAAGCUUGGCCUUGGACACAUGAGAUGGUACGUUUUUGUGAUCAAUUGUUGGUGUUUUAACUUGGAUCACUUUGAAGUCUUUCACUUUGCAUUUGGUUAAGUAUCUAUUGGUCUGAGCGUGCAGAUCGUUUAGUAUGUUGAUGGAAUGUAAAGAAACAUGAUUGAACUUGUUUACCUAUUCUUGGGGUUCUUGCAAGUCUAUUUUGAAAUUGUCUAUUCCAUUUUGGCUUAGGAAAGGUCCGGGAAUUAGUCUACUAAUGGGUGCUGUAAUUCUUCAGGCUUCCCCACAGCAUAACCCGAAUCCAAUCUGAUAAUCAUGAAUCAUGAAUUCAAUGUCAUUUCUCUUCCCAAAA